AUGGCAAGCAGCUCUGGAGAAGGAACGGCUAAUGGCGAUAUCGAAGUUGCCGGAGAAGUUUUCGAAGAAAUGAAGUCAAUACAGCAGGAACUUGAGCUAGUAGAAAUAGAAAUUGCGAGGCAACGGGUAAAACUUUCUGCUCCAAUUUACGAAAAACGGCGGAAGGUUUUUGAGAAAAUUCCAGAUUUUUGGACGACUGUCUUCGUGAAACAUCCCAUUGUCGGUACAUACUUGGACUACAAUGACAACGAGGUUAUCCGACAUGUCAAAGAUCUAAUUAUCGAAAGGGACGAAAAGGAUUUGGAAACUUACAAGAUUAUCUUAACGUUUUCCGAGAAUCCCUAUUUUUCCAAUACCGAACUUGUCAAGGAAUUUAGCGUGGACGCAGAUGGAACACGACAUAUAAAAUGCAGCGAGAUUGUUUGGCACGAAGGCAAGGAUUUUACAAAGAAGCGUAAGAACGAUGAAGACGAUGAACAGAGCCUAAUCCGAUGGUUCACUGAAACCGACACUGACGACAUUUCUUGGGAAUUGGGAAAAACGAUUAGAGAAAAUCUAUAUAGUGAGGCCUGGGUGCAUUACAAUUACGUUUACGAUGAUUCUGAUCCGGAUGGCGAUGAUGAAGAUGACUUGGAUGCUUACCCUGAUGAGCUGUACGAUGAGCCACCACCGAAACGUAACAAACAAGAUUUAUAA